AUGGCCGAUGAUGGAACUAAUUUCUCCGAGGAGCUCCGCAAGAUAUCCAACAGUCUUGAGAAUGCUCUCGACACAUUCGGACCCUCUUCAAUUCAAGCCCAUGCGAUCCUAAACAUGCUGAAGGACUGCUUGCACAGGCUGAACAACCAAAAACUAAAAACGGCGGCGGAAGUCGAUGCUGAACUCUUGAACUCUGCAAUGGGACUCCUCAAACUCAGGGAGUGA